AUGCAAACCAGACCACGGGUUCAGCCUUUCCACACCCUCAACACCCGCUGGAAACACAAGCCAAGCCAGGUCCCCUCGAGCCCACGAACGCACCGACCCCCAAGUGCCAGCAGCCGACACCGACACCUGGGCGCUUUCCUGGACGAGUCUCCGCGCUGGCUGGCGGUGGAGGGGCGGCAGGAGAAGGCCCUCGGCAUCCUGAAGAAGGCGGCCAAGAUGAAUCGGGUGGAACUCCAGUCCGACGAGAAGAUCCUUAGUAUCCUCAAGGACGAUCAGAAGGAAGUCCAAGAAAAAGCUACUCAUGGCAACUAUAAAGACAAAGUUAAAGAAUAUUUUGAAGUAGCUCUUAUUCUCUUCAGGACGCCCCGCCUACGGAUCAUCACCAUUGUCAUGUACGUCGACUACCUGGUGACGGGCCUGGUGUUCUUCGGCCUCUCCCUCAGCGGCGGUAACUUCAGCACCAACCCCUUCCUCUACAUGGCACUCUCGGGGCUUAUGGAGGUGCCAGGCAACACCGUCAUCAUCCCCAUCAUCACGCGCUUCGCCAGGAAAACGCUCAAUAUAUUCUUCUUCGUAAUAAGCGGCACCGCACUCUUAGCGCCGCCCUUCAUCCCUACAGACCACGCCUGGGCUGCGGUGACCCUGGCGAUGGUGGGGAAGAUGAGCAUCACCUUCACUUUCAACAUCCUCUUCCUGAUCGCCUCCGAGGUGUUCCCGACGGAGGUCCGGUCGCGGGGCAUGGGCACCUCCUUCAUGAUGUCCCGUAUCGGUGCCAUGGUCGCGCCCUUCGUCACGGAGUUCAUGGGUUCCGUCUACCCUUGGGCUCCCUCUGUGGUCUUUGGCGCGUCUUCGGUGGCGGCUGGAUUGGCAACGCUGGCACUACCUGAGACGCAAGGUGCGGCACUCCCUGACACCAUCAAUCGCUUCGAGGCCAGAUCAAGUACAAAGGAUGUGAUAGAGGACCCUAGAGUUCCUGCAGGAGGCACAGAAGGAGGGAGCGAAGAGGAGAACCAAUUAACCAGUUCUGCUGUAUAGGAAAUCUCUCGGCUAGCGACUGCUCUCGUCGACUACCCUAAUAUAUGCUACUUUUCUAAGCUUAUCAUUAAUGCUGAAAUGGUAUGAAUGAGGAUGAAGAUCUUCACAGAGAUGCAUUUGACUGGUAUUGAUUAUUUCUUCGUCAGAGAUCAUUCAUUUCUGACAUAGAUGUAAUCGAAACCGGUGGAAUGCGUCUCUUCUGUUGUGAAGAUGUUCAUUCUCAAUAAUACAUUUUUUUAUAGUUGUCGCAAUGACCAGAGGUCAUUAUCAAUGUUAUCGUUGUAAUUUUAAUAAUAUGUAUCAUUAUUACUAUCACUGAUAUUAUUUUUAGUUGUUACUUUAGUGUGAUUGCUAUUAUUAUUAUCAUUAUUAUUAUUAUUAUUAUUAUCAUUUAUUAUUAUUAUUAUCAUUAUUAUCAUAUUAUUAUCAUUAUCAUCAUAUUAUCAUAAUAAUUAUCAGUUAUUAUUAUUAGUAAAUUUACUAUCAUUAUACUAUUAUUGUUAU